AUGGAAGACCUUGAACAAGAGAAUCAUGAAUUCCGUGAUGAUGUAACUACUCUUCGUGUCGGUGUGGAAAGAUUGACUGCUUUGGUGGAAAGCUUAGUGGCUGCUCGAAAUCAACCAUCACCUCCCCCAUCUCCUCGUGCCACUCAAAUGCAAACUGAAGUUCAGACUACGGCGAUUUGCGAAGUUUCUACUACUAGUGUUUCUGUGGCUCCUACCACUGGUCCCUCUCACUAUCAGAUGCCUAAUGGAUACCCUGGGGGCAUGUCUUACAACUUUGUGCCAGAGGGAUACCAUCCUGUUACUGGAACUACUCAAGUUACUCCUGUAAUGACUAUGACUCCACCUCUGGUACAUACCGUGCCACAAGCUGGGGCACCCAUUUACCAAGUUGAGCCCAAUGAAAGAAAUGAAGCUUAUGAUAAUUUCCAAGACCAAUUCCAAGAGAUGCGAAAGGAGAUUAAGGCCCUCAAAGGGAAGAAUCCAUUUGGAAAGAAUGCUUAUGAUAUGUGUCUUGUGCCAAAUGUGAAAAUACCUGCCAAGUUUAAAGUGCCUAAUUUUGAAAAGUAUAAAGGGAAUUCGUGUCCUCAGAGCCAUUUGACCAUGUAUUGUAGAAAGAUGGCCACUCAUACCGAUGAUGAUAAUUUAUUGAUCCACUAUUUUCAAGAUAGUCUAACUGGUGCUGCUUUGAAAUGGUACAUGGGAUUGGAUAGUACUCAUAUCAGUUCUUUUGAUGACCUUGUUGAAGCGUUCAUUCGACAAUACAAGUAUAAUGUUGACAUGGCUCCUGAUAGAGACCAACUCCGAGCCAUGGCACAGAAGGAGAAAGAGUCUUUCAAAGAGUAUGCACAAAGAUGGCGUGAGGUUGCUGCCCAAAUCUCUCCUCCUGGGGAAGAAAGAGAGAUGACCAAAAUAUUUUUAAAGACUCUAAGCUCAUUUUACUAUGAGAGGAUGGUUGCCAGCGCUCCGACCGACUUCACUGAAAUGGUGAAUAUGGGAAUGCGACUAGAAGAAGGUGUACGAGAAGGACGGUUGACUAUGGAAUCUGGAUCGUCGACUGGAACCAAGAAAUAUGGAAACAACUUUCAGAAGAAGUGGGAAGAUGAAACUAUUGCUUUUACAAUUGAUGCCGCACAAUUCAAGCAACCAUACCAACAGUCGUGGGCAGCUCCUCCUCAUAAUUCUUCACAGAAUGCUCCUCAGAAUGCAGCUCAGAAUCAGAAUCGUCAACGGAAUCAGAAUAUACCUCAAAGGAACCAACAGAAGGGGGAUCGUCGAAUUGACCCAAUUCCAAUGACCUACGCUCAGCUAUGGCCAUAUUUAAUUGAGAAGAAAGCAAUAGCUCCCAGACCAACUCGACCUGCAAAGUUUCCAUUUCCUAAGGAAUACAAUCCAAACGUCAAGUGUGAUUUUCAUGAUGGGAUAGCAGGUCACUCCAUUGAAGAUUGCAAUAUCCUGAAGGAAAAAGUUCAAGAUCUGGUUGACAAAAAGAUGCUCUCUUUCAAGGAUAUUGGUCCUAUGUCAUGA